GUACUAGCAUUGUGAAUGAGCCAGUUCAUAAGCCAUUCUCAAGACAUCAUCCUUCCUUAUCUCUGAGAACGUAUCCAAACAAGUUUCAUCUCCCAGACCAAGAAAUAGCACUCUGUGCUUUGCCUACCAAAAAAUGUCAGUCAUGAGUUAUGAGGUUGACAAAGGUGAAGAUGGAGAGGAAGACGAUACUGAUAGCGAAUCCGAUAAGGUUUUGAUGUCAGAUCAGUGAUCUACCAAAAAUGCAACUUGGCUAUCAUUUCCUGAUGACCUUGCAAGCCAUGGACCUGGCCAAUCCAUUACCAGAUUUCCUUCUUAUGGGGCUGAUCAUGUUUUUUAAAUUCGUGAUCAAUUAAUAAGCCACAUUUAGACAUGGAAUUCUGGGUAGCAACUUGCAAGAGGGUGGAUAGUAGAGGAGAGGGCCCUGACUUUGGAGGAUAUGAGGAUGACGAAGACCAUGGAGAAUGGUUCCUCUACACAAGAAGUGGGGGCUGAAAUUUGGAAGGGAACAAAAGGACUAGCAAGAAGCAGUCCUUUCAUCAGAAGUUUCUGUGUAUGGACGAGGCUCUCCUUGUUAGUUUCAUCGAAGGCUAUCCCAUUCGAGUUGUCAGGAAAAAGGCAAUCAUAAGUGAUGAAGUAUGUGAAGGUGAAGACUUGAAGAUGAUGAUGAUGGUGUGAAUCUGAUAAACUUUUAAACCCAGAUAAAUUAGUUACUCGUGUAGCCUCAACCUCUAGGAAUCAGGUUUUUGCCCUGGAGUGUCAUUUGAUACCACCCAAAGCCUGCUUCCAAACCAAUGAAGCAUCACAACCAAGUCUGCCAAGUGAAAUGGUUUUGGUUCUCUUCUCGCCCUCCAUGACUAUCCUGGUUGCACCAUCAAAUUCAAGAUAUAUCUUUUGCAACCACAGGUAAAUGUUGAUCAUAUUUCCUGCAUCCUGAUUUGUAUCAGACCCACUCUGCAGUCUCCGGACAUUUUUGUUCCGUGUUCUGAGUAGAUGGCCAGUGUUUACCCGGGGUUUCAGAACGACUAUCUCAAUUGUGAUGGUGCUGUGGGAGUGACAGGGAAGAAGGCAAAGAACCAUCAAAGAGGCUUUGUUUGACGUGUUGGGUUUGGGUAGAUAUGCUUCUCUGGAUUGCAAACCCACCCCUUUAUGAUGUAUCAUUGAACUUAAGAGGGUGCGAUAAGCUAGCGUAAACCAUGGAAUGAGUUAAGAGUGUCAACUAUGUACUUUGAUAGCAUUUUUAUUUUCUAGAAUUUAUAAAAUUAUAGUAUUUGA